AUGUACAGAGGUGGCUGCCGCCUUCCGCAGCGGGCGGUGAUCUCGCUGCACGUGGGCCAGGCGGGCGUGCAGGUGAUGAACGCGGUGUGGGAGCUGUUCUGCCUGGAGCACGGCGUGCUGCCCAACGGGAACCUCACGCGCUGCUGCUACGGCGUCGACGACUACAACGCGUUCUUCGGCGAGGGCCUCGGCGGCAAGUGCGUGCCCCGACUCGUCGCCGUCGACCUCGAGCCUACCGUCAUCGACGAGGUGAGGAAGGGCUGCUACCGCGGGCUGUUCCACCCGGAGCAGCUGGUGACGGGCAAGGAGGACGCGUCUAACUGCUACGCCCGUGGCCACUACCAGCUGGGCCGCGAGAUGAUCGACUUGGUGAUGGACCGCGUGCGGCGCGUCGCUGAGGCCUGCCCCUCGGUCGCCGGCUUCCUGCUCUUCCGCAGCUUCGGCGGCGGCACCGGCUCCGGAUUCGGAAACCUCAUGCUCGAGUGUCUCUGCCGCGACUACGGCCGCCUGCCCAAGAUCGAGUUCGGCAUCUUCCCUGCGCCCAGGUUGUCGCCCACAAUAGUGGAGCCGUACAACGCAGUUUUCACAAUGCACGGCUCGCUCGAGUUCGAGGACUGCAACUUCCUUCUGGACAACGAGGCGCUGUACGACAUCUGCGCGAGGUUCCUGGACGUGCCGCGGCCCACCUACACCAACGUCAACCGCUUAAUAGCACAGGUGGUUUCUUCCGUGACGACCUCGCUGCGGUUCCCGGGCGACAAAAACGUGGACCUGAUGGAGGUGCAGACGAACCUGGUGCCGUUCCCACGUGUCCACUUCCCUGUUCUGUCGUACGCGCCGCUGAUGCCUCCCGGCAGGGCAUCCUUCUCGUCCAUCUCCGCCGACCGCCUGCUCACGGCUUGCUUCGAGCCAGCCGCGCAGAUGGUCCGCUGUGACCCUCGCUACGGCAAAUACAUGUCCUGCUGCAUUCUGUACCGCGGCAGCGUGGCGCCCAACGAGAUCAGCCUGGCCGUGGCCAACAUCAAGGCCAUGCGAUCCGUGCGCUUCGUCAGUUGGUGCCCUACUGGUUUCAAAGUCGGGAUGAACAGCGAGCCUCCAGUGCCGGUGCCCUGCGGCGACCUGGCUCCAACGCCGAGCGCUGCCUGCAUGCUGGCCAACUCCACGGCCGUGAAGGAGGCGUGGAUACGCCUCGGGCGCAAGUUCGACCUCAUGUUCGCCAAGCGCGCCUUCGUGCACCACUACGUCGGAGAGGGCAUGGAGGAGGGAGAGUUCGGCGAAGCGCGCAGCAACCUUCGCGCCUUGGUACGGGACUACAAAGAGGUGGGCGUAGACACGUUUGAUGUGGCUCACUAUCUUCCAGGCUGUGGUAUCAGACGUUAA